UACUGAGAGAUCAGAAGGUCCUGCACUCUUGAACAGACGCUCCUUACCUGGAGCUCCGGGCUGAAAUAUGAAGUUUUCUCUUUGGCCAGUUGCUUUGUAUGCUUUGGCCCUUCUGUCUUUUCUGAGUCAAUGUGCAACAGCAUUGGAGAGACACUACUACAUUGCUGCAGUUAACAUUAAUUGGGAUUAUACAACAAAUGGAACCCAAAGUGUUGGUCCCAUCUAUAGAAAGACAGUGUACAGGGAAUAUGACCCAGGUUUCAAAAAGGCUAAAACAACUCCAUGGUCAGGGCUGCUGGGACCCACGCUCCAUGGCCAAGUUGGUGACACCAUCAUUGUCACUUUUAGGAACAUGGCGGAUCAUCCCUGUAGUAUCCAUUCACAUGGUAUUGCUUAUGGAAAACAGUCUGAAGGAGCGUUAUACUUUGACAACACUUCCCAGUUUGAGAAAGAGGAUGAUGUCAUAUUUCCUGGCAAAGAGCAUACAUACUACUGGGAGGUAACUCCAGAGGUGGCUCCACAUGCUGCAGAUCCCCCGUGUGUCACAUACACAUAUUUCUCACACAAUGAUAUUGUCAAGGACUACAACACAGGCCUGAUUGGUACACUGUUAAUUUGUAAGAAUGGCAGUCUUGAUGAGUCUGGAAAGCAGGUCCAUUUCCAUCAGGAAUUCACACUGUUGUUCGGGGUGUUUGAUGAGAGCAACACCUGGUACAGCAAAAGGGAUGCACCACUUCAGGAGAAUGUGAAAUACACAAUCAAUGGCUUCACAAAUGGCACUGUCCCUGAUCUUAAUGUGUGUGCACAUUCCAAAGUAACCUGGCACUUGAUCGGUAUGAGUUCUGAGCCAGAGCUUUUUUCCGUGCACUUCAAUGGCCAGGUUCUACAGCAGAGUGGGCACAAGGUGUCUUCAAUCGGCAUUAUCAGUAGCACAGCUACUAGUGCAGAGAUGGUGGCCAUCUACCCUGGUCGCUGGCUUCUCUCUUCUCACAUUAGCAAACACUUGGAAGCUGGGAUGCAUGGUUUCCUGAAUGUUAAUACAUGUGAAGAGUUUAUUGCACCAAAGCGAAAGCUCACCAUCCAACAAAGGCGAGAGAGUCAAGAAUGGAUUUACUACAUUGCAGCUGAGGAGAUAAUUUGGGAUUAUGCCCCAAAUUUGCCAGAUAAUGUGGACAGGGAUUUUCGGUCCACGUACUUAAAACAGGGCAUAGGACGGAUUGGUAAGAAAUAUAAAAAAGCUGUGUUCACCCAGUAUACAGAUGAGUCAUUUAAAGAAAGGGCAGAACAGAAACAAAGGAAGAAAGAGUUGGGAAUUCUUGGUCCUGUGAUCAGAGCACAGAUCAGAGACAUAAUAAAGAUUGUGUUCAAAAACAAAGCAUCACGUCCAUACAGCAUUUAUCCUCAUGGAUUAACCAUUGAUAAAGCAGCAGAGGGAGCCAAUUACCCGGAGGGAGGGUACCAGAGCCAUGCAGUGCAACCAGGGGAGACUUACACAUAUGUGUGGCGAGUCAUUGAGGAGGACGAACCAUUAAACAGUGAUUCAAGAUGUCUGACCAGGAUGUACCAUAGUGCAGUGAACACUCCACGAGACAUUGCUUCAGGCCUUGUUGGGCCACUUCUCAUCUGCAAAAGCCAAUCCCUCAGUACCAGGAAUGUCCAGCUGAGAGCAGACAAGGAACAGCAUGCUAUGUUUGCAGUUUUUGAUGAAAACAAGAGUUGGUACCUAAAUGAAAACAUCAUCACAUACUGUGGUGAACCAAAAAAUGUAAAACCAGAUGACCUAGAGUUCUAUAAAUCAAAUGUUAUGCACACAAUCAAUGGUUAUGUUUAUGAAAGUGGCCAGGUCCUGGGGUUUUGCAAUGGUGAGAUUGCAACUUGGCAUGUGUCUAGUGUUGGGGAACAAGAUGACAUCCAAACAGCCACAUUUUAUGGACACACAUUUGAGCUUAACAACAAAGAGGAGGACAUCCUUAGUCUGUUCCCCAUGACAGGAGAGACAAUCUCCAUGAACAUGGCUAAUAUUGGAGUUUGGCUAAUGGCAUCACUGAAUACACACGAGACUCAAAAAGGAUUAAGAGUGAAGUUUCAGGAUGUUGAAUGCUUUAGGGAUUACGUCGUGGAAAAUUCUUACAAUUAUGAUGAUUAUGAUCCAGUACCAGAGGUACCAGAGACCUUCAGUGUGUGGAAACCCAUAGAUGAGACAGUAUUGAAAAAGGAGAAAUCAAAAUCAAAGCCAAGCACAACUGCUGUUAUUGAUCCAGACUCUGAUGAUUAUGCAGUUCUUCUUGGUAUAAGGUCACAGAAAUACACAAGUGAAAAUGAUAUGGAAGAGUUAGACCUUUCUAUCUUAGAUACUACUGAUGAUACGCUACUUCACACUGAUGUGACCCAAAACAUAACCCAUUUGGGGUUUGAAUUUGAUGACAACAACCUUACAACAAAAGCUGUUCAAAAUGAAAGCACAAUCGAGUCACCGAUCAAAUUAUCUCUGGAGUCGGCACCUGCUAACUCCAGAAUCAGUGGAACUAACCGUAUCACCACUUUUCCCCAUAACGUCUCACUUCUACAAAAUAUUGAUGGUGAAAUCACCUCAGAGAACAAACACAAUACAUCAUUAGUAACAGAAGAGAUAAGGCCUUUGCUAUCAACCCAAACCUCAAAGACUCAUAAAGAGAACGUAACAGAGGCACAGACCCUGGAAUUCUUAAUGAUGAACUCUGUGGAGGUGGUAGAUGACAAUGACAGGUCAAGGGACAACAUAUUUAUUUACAGUGUACCUGCUCCUAACUCUCAUAUUAGCAUUACAGACGUUGAAGAUAUGAAAGAUUUUGUGCUACUGGAUAAUGUUGAACGAAUAGAAACAAAAAGCCAUAAGCAUUUAGUUGAGUACAACAUCUCACCUACAGAACUUCCUAACAAAAGCAUUUUGGAACAGCUUGAGGAUGCCCAAGAAUUAAAUCAUACAAAUAAGAACUCAGAAUCAUUAUAUGAAAUAAGUCAAGAAGUGAAUAACCCGAAAGUAGUCUCAGAUUUUACACUGAAGGUCAUUCAAGAAUUGAAUGGCACCCAAGUGGACUCUGAAUUUUCAGUGGAUGAAGCUAAAAAAUUAAAUAACACCCAAGUGGACUCCGAAUUUUCAGUGGAUGAAGCUAAAAAAUUAAAUAACACCCAAGUGAUCUCUGAAUUUUCAGUUGAGGAACAAAAGGAAUUAAAUAGCACCCAAGCGGACUAUGAAUUUUCAGUGGAGGAAGACAAAGAAUUAAAUAGCACCCGGGUGGACUAUGAAUUUUCAGUGGAGGGAGAAAAAGAAUUAAAUAGCACCCAACUGGACUACACAUUUUCAGUGGAGGAAGAUAAAGAAUUAAAUAGCACCCAAGUGGACUACACAUUUUCAGUGGAGGAAGACAAAGAAUUAAAUAGCACCCAAGUGGACUCUGAAUUUUCAGUCAGUGAAAAUAAAGAAUUAAAUAGCACCCAAGUGGACUCCGAAUUUUCAGUCAGUGAAGAUAAAGAAUUAAAUAAUACCCAAGUGGACUUCGAAUUUUCAGUUGAUGAAGAUAAAGAAGUAAAUAAUACCCAAGUGGACUCUGAAUUUUCAGUGCAGGAAAAUAUCAGACACAUCACCCAGGAGGAGGUCAGAGAACUUACUAGCACCCAGGACUACCCAUACUCAAACAUUCAAAAAUCCAACAACAUGCUGUAUGGUUCUGACACAUUCCUUGGACGUGAAAGCAUAGAGAGAACAAACUUUCCUCAGAAUGAUACAUUCUCUGCCAUAGUUCCUUUCACUGACUAUGCACAUAAUGAGACAAUGACUUCGAAAGUCAGUAACCUCUGGACAUCAUCAGAAGAGUUAAAUUCAGAGAGCCUUAAGAAUACUUCCUUUUCUAAUGGCAUUUUCAACCUUUCAUCUGCAGAAAGUAACUCCUCCCACACUAAUAUCCUACUGCCAGACAGUAAUUCAGAGCAGUUUACACCAGAAAAGAGUCUUAAUGAAGUGGUUAUUUACCUAAAGGACAGUAACAACACUAUGGUCAUUCUCACCACACCUUUGGAUACACAAGCAAAGAACUGGAGUUAUGACAGCAAACAUGAGCUGGUGCCGGUGAAGUUCGCAGAUUACAUGAACAAAUACAUAACAGACAAGCAACCAAACAGUGCCAAUGAAGAGAAGAAAAAAGUUCAUCUACAAAGGGUGACACCGAUGAAAGGGUAUGGCAUGAAGACAAAAAAAAAAAAGGCAUACAAACCACAACUUCGUAGUGACAUCUCUCCACGAAGCUUCUCUCCACGGGGUUUUGCUCCUUCUCAGUUAACACCAAGGACUACCAAGCCCAACUUCAGUGAAGAAGACAUACUGCCAAAAGCAAUAGUCCUAGGAAUUCCCAGGAAUGACUUCAAUGACUAUGAAAUAUAUGUUCCUCGUGAUGAUCUGGAUUUUGAUAAUGAGAACACCCAUGAUGAAAAAGAAGAAUAUGAAUAUGUUGAAUACAAAGACCCAUAUGGUAAACCACCUCAAACAGAAACUGAUGUACUCGAUGAAGUAACUAAAUAUUCCUUGCAAAUGGCUGGCAGCAAGACUAGGGUCUACUUCAUCACUGCUGAAGAAGUUAACUGGGAUUAUGCAGGCUAUGGACAAAGGAGGGAAGAUAAAGCCUCAGUGAAGGAGAGGCCCACGCUGUUCAAGAAAGUGCUCUUCAGAUCAUAUUUGGACAGCUCCUUUACAACACCAGACUCUCGUGGAGAAGUCGAAGAGCAUCUUGGCAUCAUGGGUCCAGUCAUUAAGGCUGAAGUUGAUGAAACCAUAUAUAUAGUGUUCAGGAAUCUUGCCAGCCGUCCAUACUCAUUGCAUGCAAAUGGGGUGUCAUAUAGCAAAAAUAUGGAGGGGCUGAAUUAUGAAGAUAACUCACCUUACUGGUACAAGUAUGAUAAUGCAGUUCAGCCCAAUUCAACUUUUACAUAUAUUUGGACAGUAAAUGACAAAGUGGGGCCAUUAAAUGAUGAAUCUCACUGUCGAAUAUGGACCUACUACUCUGGCGUAAAUCCUGAGCGAGACAUCCAUUCUGGACUGAUUGGGCCACUUCUGAUUUGUAGGAAGGGCACCCUGUCUAAAAAUCCAAUAGACACACAAGAAUUUAUGUUACUUUUUAUGACAUUUGAUGAGAACAAGAGCUGGUACUAUGACCAAAACCGGGAGAUUCUCAAGAAGACAAACCAAAAAGCAAUAAUGGACCCAAAUUUCAAUAACAAUAUCAGAUUUCAUGCUAUCAAUGGAAUUAUAUACAGUCUUAAAGGACUUCGCAUGUAUGCUAAUCAGCUAGUAAACUGGCAUCUUAUAAACAUGGGCUCUCCAAAAGACUUCCACAGCAUUCACUUUCAUGGGCAAACCUUUUUUAACAAGCAUAAAGACCCCCAUCGUCAGGGAGUAUAUCCACUUUUACCAGGAGGUUUUGCAACUCUGGAGAUGAUGCCCUCAAAGCCAGGGCUCUGGAUGUUGGAGUCUGAGGUCGGAAUCCCCCAGCAAAGAGGGAUGCAGACACUAUUUUUAGUGUUAGACAAUGUAUGUGGCCACCCUCUUGGUCUGAAUUCUGGAGCUGUUAAAGACAGUCAAAUAACAGCAUCAGAUUAUAGAGAUUACUGGCUUCCCAAUUUGGCCAGACUGCACAAUACAGGAAAGUACAAUGCAUGGAGUACAACAAAGCAAGACCAGUGGAUUCAGGUAGACUUCCAGCGGCCAGUGGUGAUCAGUAAAAUAGCUACACAGGGAGCCAAACAAUUCUUCACAUCUCACUUUGUUCUGAACUACACAAUCUUCUACAGCACAGACCGCAAAAGAUGGAGUUGGUAUAAGGGAGACAGCAAGACUUCAAGAAAGACUUUUGAAGGCAACAGGGAAGCCCAUGAAGUGAAGGAGAAUAUAUUCUUCCCACCUAUUAUUAGUCGUUAUGUGAGGCUUUACCCCUCUCAUUCAUAUAAUUAUCCAACUGUUCGCAUGGAAUUCUUUGGAUGUGAGUUAGAUGGGUGUUCUGUACCCUUGGGAAUGCAGAAUGGAAAUAUAAGAGAUUAUCAGAUCACCGCCAGUUCUGUUGCUUCCAACUGGUAUUCUAGCUUGUGGCAGCCUUGGUUGGCCCGUCUUGAUAAACAAGGAUCCAUCAAUGCUUGGCAAGCCAAGAGUAACGACAUGCAGCCAUGGCUCCAGAUAGAACUAAAUGAUGUCAAGAAGAUCACUGGAAUUGUUACCCAGGGAGCAAAGUCAAUGAAAACAGAGAUGUUUGUAACCACUUAUGUUUUAGAGUACAGUGAUGAUGGCAAGAAAUGGAUCAAGUACUCAGAUAAUGAGGACUACGAAAUAAAGAUAUUCAUGGGAAACUCUGAUAACAAUAGCCAUGUGAAAAAUUAUAUCUACCCUCCAAUAUUCUCCAGAUUUAUCAGAAUUUAUCCUAAAAAAUGGCAGAAUGCUGCCACCAUGAGGAUUGAACUAUUGGGAUGUAAUUUUGAAUAAUGACCAUUUAUCUUUGUUUCAUCCUUCUGUACUAAGUCCAUACAUUUUGGAUAUUCAUUUUCAAUGUUUGAAUCUAAUGUUUGCCACUGAUCAUACUAUAUUAUAAUGACCAAUGCAGA